CCUGCACCAGUAUUCAUAGUCAGUCGGCUAAUAAAUAAUUUUACUGUUGAGAAAUUAACGACUAGUAAUUGAUUUUAAAUGAUCCAUAACUCUCUGAUUUGUGGUUUAUGGAAAAUGUUUACAAAAAUGUCUAAAUAUUUACUUGUGUUUAAGGCCUAUAACAUAACAGCAAGUAAUAAAUUAAUUAAAAUAAAAAAUGAGGGAAUUUGAAAUUACCUUAAAUAAUUCAGAUAUUUAAGCAACACUAGGAUAUAGUUAUUGAAAUGUUUAAUUCCAAUGUCAUGUGGUGAAGGAAAAGCCCUGUGCUGUCCUUAAAAAAAAAACAGAUGAUUCCUCCUCCUGCUUCUGCUGCUGUACACACACCAGCUGCCCUCUCCCUUUGUUUACUCCUUCUGCAGCACUAAGGUUACCAUGCCAUUAAACUUCGCAUCAGCGGAUGACACAUCCAUUGCAAGUGUUCUGUGAACAUUCAAGCAUGCACCAAGUUAGUGCCUCACAUAAGGGCUACAUAGCAGGGAGGAUGAUAUCCCCCUUCUCGUACAUUUAGCCCUCCAUCUAUGCAUUGAAGCCCUUGUCAGGAGUAAGUGAAAGCAGGAGAAAAAGAAGGAAAGAUGUUGAGACAAUCAGAACCAGGCAGGAGGCGUGUGAAUGCUCUGCCGUCUGCACACAUAAGAGGGGUGGAGGUCGCUAGAGGGAGAACGGGCUAUGGCUUCACGCUCUCUGGUCAAUCUCCCUGUGUGCUGAGCAGCAUCCUUAAGGGCAGUCCUGCUGAUUACAUGGGCCUUCGUUCUGGAGAUCAGAUCCUAAGUGUGAACGACAUCAAUGUGUCCAAAGCCUCUCAUGAGGAUGUGGUCAAACUCAUUGGCCGCUGCACAGGUGUCCUACACUUGAUCAUUGCUGAAGGCAAUCCUAAGAACUCACACCUAGAUUCAUGUUCAAGCGAUGAGGAAAUGGGGUUCCACAACCACAAGAGCCACUGGUUGAGGCCCAAGAUGGACUCAAAGACUCUCGGGAUAAACCGUGCAGAACGCGUUGUAGCCGAAAUGCAAUCUGGUGGAAUCUUUAACAUGAUCUUUGAAAAUUCCAGCCACUCAUCUAGUAGCUCAGAGAAAGCAGUUGCUUGUGCAUCUGCCUCUAAAGCAAGGCCUCUCUCAGAGCCAGACUUCCCUUAUGGAAAUGCUGUCACCCGUAGGAGUGACCCCAACUUACUCACCGAAGAGGAGAUGGCCAAAGUGCUCAAUGAUGACUCUGUGUUUGUGGAUAUGUUUGAACAUCAAGAUGAAUUUGUCCUGAUGCAAAGAGCUGAUUCUGUAGGGAUCUUAAAUGUUGGUAUGAUUGUGGGUUACCUGGGAUCUAUUGAAUUAGCCUCAACUAGUGCUAAUUUGGAAAGUGACAGCCUCCAGGCAAUUCGUGGCUGUAUGCGACGUCUUCGUGCGGAGCAAAAGGUGCACUCAUUGGUUCUGCUCAAAGUCAUGCAUGAUUGUGUACAGCUAUGCAAUGACCGAGGCACUGUUCUAGCCACCUACCCUGCAGAGAAGUUAGCAUUCAGCGCUGUAUGUCCAGAUGACCGCCGCUUCUUUGGUCUUGUCACCAUGCAAGCCGAGAAUGACCACAGCAUUAACAGACACAGCGAGGAAGAGCAAAGCUUAAGAACAUCUUGUCAUGUUUUUAUUGUAGACCCAGAACUUUGUCACCAUAAGAUCCACCAAGGUGUGGGCCGACGUUUUGGCUUUGACUGCACUCCUGACCCAGACACUGGUGGCUGUCUAGAAUUCCCACCAACUUCCCAGCCACUCCUUCAGUUUGUGUCUGUGCUGUACCGUGACAUGGGUGAAUCAAUUGAGGGCAUGCGGGCUCGGGCUUUCCUUGAUGGCGACCUGGAUGCGCAGCAGAAUAACAGCACAAGCAGCAACAGUGACAGUGGCAUUGGCAAUUUCUUGCCAGAGGAGAAGAGCAACAGAGUCCUCUUGGUUGACCUCGGCGCUAACCCUGGUCGCCAUGUGCCCACAGGUUUAUGGGAGAACCCGCCUGGACCUCGUCACCAAAGUGUACUAGGAGGUCUUCCACCACCACCCCCAAUGCCACAUCGUAAUGGCUACUGUUCUGACCAGUUCAUAGAACACCAUCCACCCCAUCCACAUUCCCAUGUAGACCCACCUCCACUUUCUGGCAGGCAUCUAAACUCUUCCUCACGGCUGGAUGUAUCAGGCCUGCCUUCACGCUCACACUACUCAACCCAUGGCAAGAAGGUGACAGGGGCUUCAGGCCAGCGUUGGCUGCCUGUUCAUGUCCUGAGAGAUUGGCGUCAGGGACAAAGCAGUGAUCAGGAGUCUUAUGCAGAGUCGACUGAUGGAUGGUCCAGUGCUAACUGUAGCACCUUGCCACCACCCAUGAGUAAGAUUCCAGCCGACCGGUACCGUGCUGCAGAUGAGAUCGCCUCACAGCCUCACCGGCUCCAUGCCCAGAAGUAUGAGUGGGCUAAAAAUCUAUUAGGGGAGAAGAGCCCACGAGAGCGCCAGCAACACCAACAGAUCAAUGGUGGAAGAACUAAAGACGAAAAAAAGAGUGGAAGAUUCAAAGGCAUCACUAUGGGCUUUCCUCGGUGUUCCUCUGGCCGACGAUCUUUCGGACGUACCAAGCACCUCAGCAUGGCUCGUUCACUCGAUGACCUUGAGUCUGCGGCUGUCUCCGAUGGUGAGUUGAACAGUGUGGACCUGAAAGGCUGUGGCAGUGAUAACAGUCUGAACAGCAAUGCCAGUCUACCUAGUGUGCAGUGCCAUAGACGCCACACUGAACGCCGCGUUGCAUCAUGGGCCGUCUGCUUCGAGCGCCUGCUACAGGAUCCAGUUGGUAUCCAAUAUUUCUCGGAAUUUUUGAAGAAGGAGUUUAGCGAGGAGAAUAUUUUGUUUUGGCAAGCCUGUGAAUAUUUCAGCCAUGUGCCGGAAACAGAUAAGAAACAGCUGUCCCAGAGGGCCAGAGAGAUCUACAACAGCUUCCUGUCGAGCAAGGCCACCACACCUGUCAACAUUGAUAGUCAGGCCCAGCUGGCUGACGACAUCCUCAAUGCUCCAAGGCCAGACAUGUUUAAAGAGCAGCAGCUACAGAUCUUUAACCUGAUGAAGUUUGACAGUUACACUCGCUUUCUAAAGUCCUACCUGUAUCAGGAAUGUAUGCUUGCGGAGGUGGAGGGGCAUCCUCUUCCAGACCCCUACCAGGUUCCCAGCAGCCCCACAUCCAAACACAGCACAAGCUCUGACCGCUCCAACCUCUCAACACCCAAAAAGGUGCAGGACGACAAGAAGAGCAAGUCGGGAAGGUCACUGAACAGCACAGAUGACAGCAGAGAUGAACAGGGUGAUAAAAAGAAAAACAUUUUCUUCUCCUGGUCCAGAAAUAGAAGUUUUGGAAAAGGACCCAAGAAGAAGGAUCUUGCAGAUUACAAUAUUACAGGUAGUAACGGACGGAGAGAAUCACAGGGCUCUUUGUCGUCUGGUGCAAGUUUGGAACUUGGCACCUCUGGUUCCGGAAAAAAUGAGGCUGAGGUGUCGCGAAACUCCAUGUUGUUGUCCGAAGAUGCGGUGCGUCACUGUAACAUUAACCUUCCGGAUGGCUCAUGCUGCUCAGUACCCAUCAGACCCGGCAUCUCCAUCAGAGAGGUGCUGUUGGGCUUAUGCGAGAAGAUCGACAUUAACCUGGCUGCUGUGGAUCUGUUCUUAGUGGGCGGAGAGAAGCCUUUAGUGUUGGACCAGGACUGCAUGACAUUGUGCUCCAGAGACCUACGGCUGGAGAAACGUACACUAUUCCGGCUGGAUCUGGUGCCCAUAAAUCGUUCUGUUGGGCUGAAAGCAAAACCCACUAAGCCGGUUACAGAAGUGCUGAGGCCAGUAGUGGCUAAAUAUGGUCUGAACUUAGAAGACCUGGUGGCCAGGAUAAGUGGAGAGAAAGAGCCGCUGGAUCUUGGGCUUCCUAUAUCUAAUCUAGACGGACUGAGGGUGGUUCUGGAAGCAGCCGAUCACAUUCCAGAAAAAGACAAACAAAAGCUGGUCUCAUCUAAAAGCCAUGAUCCACCUCUGUCUACACGAAGCCAGCCUGCCACAGGGGAGGACAAAACGGCAGAAAAGCCUUCGGCUGUGAAAACCAGGGCCCAGGUGGAAAACCGAAAACAGAAAAAGCUUAAUAUAGAUGAAGCUGAAGAAUUCUUCGAGCUCAUAUCCAAAGCACAGAGCAACAGAGCUGAUGACCAGCGGGGUUUGCUGAACAAAUCCGACCUUGUCCUGCCUGACUUCCUGCGCCUCGACACAGAAGCAGACAUCAACAACGACAACUUCAGCUCCACCCCCGUCUCCCACAAGAUUCGGCCCAGAUCCAAGGAGAAUGGCUCUGCCCUCAGCGCCAGCCACCAAUCGCAGAGCUUGGAUUCAGCAGUGGAGGGGAAGGCACCUAGACGAGCCCUAAUGCCGCCCAAUAGAAACGCUGCUGCCCGAAAUCAACCACCAUUCAGUUCUGCAUUUUCCCCCAUCCCACACACACAAAAAGAGGGCUCAUCUGGGAUCACAGACUGGAGGAGCGACGGAGGGGUCCAGGCACUGGAGGAAGAAGAGUGCGGCACAGACCUGACAUUUGUUGCCGAAUGUGACAUCACAAGCCCUAACAGCUCUCUCCUUCCCCAGUUCCCUUCCUCCCCAGACCAACAUCACCUCCUGAGGGAGGGCACUUACCAGGACAGUUGGGCUCAAUCAGGUACCUCUCCUGUGUGAAGCAUCUAAGCUCGCAUGUAUUAUCCUCGCCUCUCUCUGGUCCCUCCUGAAGAUGUGUGUGAUUUCUGAGUGCUGUGGAUUUGCUGUGCUCCUCAUCGUAAGCCCUGUGCCAAUCCCUGGCAAAACCACAACCUUCCCAUGUACAUUAAAACCCUUUAAGCACUUUAAUGAACAAUCGAAAAAGAGACUUCUACAUACAUUUUAUUUUCUUCCCUGAAAGUAUUUUUAAACAACUAGUCACACACAGUCAUGACAAUUAGUAACUUCCACUGCUUUGUUCCUCUGAGAAAAACAAAUAGAUUUAUUGUAGCCAUUCAGGCUGAUUUUGAGGUCAGUAGUGUACCGAAGCAACCCUGCUCUUGUUCUGCAUAUCUCUGCCCUCUGGCUGAUCACAUGACAGUCCCAACUGGAGCCCCAACUUACUGAACUUUAACAUGUGAUAAUUCUGCUUCAACAAUUAAUAUAAACUACAUAGCAGACAAAGUGUUUGAGGUAAUAAACACCCAACUCCCUUUAGGCAUGGAUGUAUUUAUUUGUAAAAAAAAAAAAAAAAAAACUGUUAAACGAUGUGAAUAACACACAUGGAUAAAAGUAUAAACAAGUACAAUCAGAUUUAGUAUGACAGAGGCCUCAUCUUACCUCACUGUGGUGACAAGUAGCGUGCCUUCCAUGAAUCUGUCCAUCAAACCGGAGUACAUAUUUCUAAAUAGCAACAGAGUCAUCAGUAACUCCUCAUCAUGACCUCAUAUUUCAAUUUUUCAAUCUUUAAUUCAGACAUCAGAAUUUAUUUUUGUUUUCUUUAUUCCAUCAUAUUCUUGCAAAAAUGCAAUCCAACAAUGUUUUUGCGUGUGUGUGUAGCUACGCACUUCCUUUUCAUCACCAUGACGUCACUUCCAUGUUUUUUUAAGCUAUGACAUGAUUUGUUAUGGAUGUAAUCGUGUAAUAUAAUCCUAAAAAAGGGUGAAUUUGUCCUGGUUCAGUAUAUCUUCUUUUAAAUGACAAAGUACUAAAUGUGUACAUAGUUUGUUUUACAGCUGUGUGAUUUAUUACCAUGUUGAGUUGCCAAAAUUGUUGAAUUGCCCUCGAUUCUGUUCCAUCUGACACUGAAAUCAUUUUCAGUUUUCUGUAGCUGUCUUUUGCAGACAACCAGCAUCUCUGCUCAGAUCUAUAUUUCUGCAAACCUGUAAAUAGUUAAAUAAAUGUUUGGGGUGAGAUCUCUCUCCCUUCCUCUCA